CAGCUUAACCUGACCACGGAAAUCGAUUGUAGUGAAAUUUUACGGUGAUGUGGUAGUGCUAGGCGACUCUAAUUAAAAGACGCAGACUGUCCUACUGUGAAUUUACUGGUUGCAUGGGUUGUAAACGGAAUAUAGAGCGCCCAGAAAUCUUUAAGACCUACUUGGUUUAUGCAGGAAAAUAGUUUGGAAAAGAACACACACAUUGGAGCGGGCUCUUUACAAAUGAAAAAUAUUUAGCGAAUUUUUAUAAGGGUGUUGUGAGGCGUUGUACCAACAAACGAUCGAUAUGCACGCCGUGUUCGGUCGCAGAACGGCAAUAAUGUAUUUUCUGCAUCCAUUACUGUAAGGUAAAGAGAUCCUACAGCAGAGGUACCACGAUGGUGAAAUGGGCGUACUGCCUACAGUUAGGGUGCGUCGGGGUGUUUUAUGUAUUGGCGUCAACACAGGCAACGGUUUCAGACGAAACAACUUACAAGUCGCCAGUUCCCGCUGGUAAAGUGUAUUUUGCGGAAAAUUUUGAUAUUGAACAGGACUUCCGCCAGCGAUGGGUCUCUUCCAAGGCGAAGAAAGAUGGCCAAGAGUUUGCGUAUGACGGAAAGUUUGAAAUUGGACAUUCAGAGGACAAGAAUAGGCUACAUGGGGAUUUCGGAUUAGUAUUAAAGACCAAAGCGAGUCAUCAUGCAAUUAGUGCGGCAUUGAAACAACCUUUUUUGUUUGAUUUCCUUCCAAUUGUCAUCCAGUACGAAGUUCAGUUUAUGAAUGGUAUGGAAUGUGGUGGCGCUUACCUGAAACUGCUUAGUCAACCGACGGAUGGCAAGAGCACGCCUGAUCUCCUUGCGUCGCUCAACGAUAAAACGCCGUAUAGCAUUAUGUUCGGCCCGGACAAAUGCGGCCUGCAGCAGAAGCUUCACUUUAUUAUCCAGCAUAAGAACCCGAUAACGGGUCAACUCGAGGAGAAACACUGGAAGGAUGCUGUCAAUGCAGGCAAGGCGAUGAAUGGGAAGUUUGGCGAUGUGUUCACCGAUAAACGACCUCAUCUAUACACGCUGGUACUGAAUCGAGACAGCACAUUCGAGAUCUCUAUCGAUGGUCGUCUUGAAGUUCAGGGGAGUUUGUCGAAUGACAUGGAUCCGCCAAUCUAUCCGCCAAAGGAGAUUGAAGACAAAGAUGAUGUAAAACCUGCCGAUUGGGACGAACGCGAGAAGAUUUCUGAUCCUGAGGCGGUCAAACCAGAGGACUGGGAUGACACCCAGCCCGCCGAGAUUCCCGACCCAAAGGCCGAGAAACCGAUUGGGUGGCUCGAUGACGAACCGCUUCUUGUUCCUGAUCCGGAGGCCAAACAACCUAACGACUGGGACGAGGAUAUGGACGGUACAUGGGAGGCGCCCUUAGUCGAUAAUCCGAAGUGCAAGGAAGUAGGCUGCGGUAAAUGGGAACCUCCAGUAAUCGCAAAUCCGAAAUACAAGGGUGUUUGGCAUCCGCCCAUGAUUGAUAACCCGGCAUACAAGGGCAAGUGGCGGCCACGCAAGAUACCCAACCCGGAUUAUUUCUUCGACGAACGACCGUUUAAUUCUAUUCCAACAGCUGUUGCCGUUGGUUUCGAGCUGUGGUCAAUGACAGAUGGAAUUUUGUUUGAUAAUCUGAUUAUCACCGACGAUCGAACGGUUGCCACACAGUAUGCAGAAGACAGUUUUAAGCUAAAAAUCCGAAACCUUGACAAGGACAACAAGUCAUUUUUUGACGAGACAAUGGCCUCGUUUGUCGACUAUUCGACGCAGUACCCUUGGCUAUGGGGCAUUUACGUGCUUGCCGUCGGCAUCCCCGCUGCCCUAAUCAUCAGCUAUUGCUGUAUGUCGAAGAGUAACCGCGACGAGGAAUUGAUUCGUAGGAAGAAAUCUGACCUCGAGGGAGACGAGGCGUUACUCCCUGAGAGCGAGAAGGCCGAGGAAGACCAGCCAAAUGUGGCUGGCGGGGAUGUAGCAGAUGACAUAGCAGAUGGCGUGGAAGACGACGCGGCUGAAGACGAGGCUGAUCAACACGAAGAAUCACCCGGGGGAUCAGGGUCGCCGGGGUCUGCAUCAGCCGUAUCAGUAGCGGCAGAUCAAAGCGAUGAGGAAGGUGUCAAAGAAUCCGAGGAGACGGGAGGAACAGGAAAACAAACAGGAACCCGGCAAAGAAGAAAGGCUCGUAAAGACUAAGUACUCUGCGACAGCAGUAAGUAUAAAGGGAGAGCCCUAUAUCAUGGUGGAAACGGGAAAAGAUCGAUGGAGCACUCUAAACAAGGUCGAUCGCAAGUCAUCUUUUUCAGCGUCCUCAUAGUCUUCGUUAGACAUUCGAGCAAAUGGUGUCCACCGCCGUAACUAGAAUCAUAUCGGAGAAUACCUUCUCGGGCUUCGGCGUGCCUUGAGGUUAUCACCGAUAAGUAUAUAAAUGAAUAUAUUGGAAUGUUUAGACAUUUUAGAGAUACCUGCUAGAGAAGAUGGAGUGAGUUACAAAUGGUGUAUGAGGCUACUAUGCAGGACAUUAAACACAUAUGGAUAGAAGCAAUAGGCAACAGAUAAAGUUGUAACAAAAACAAGAAAUUUACAAAAAGCUGAUGUGCCCCAUUUGCUAGCUUGGGCAAAUGUAGGAAAAGAGAAAAAAGGUAUGAGGUAGUGUGGAGAGGUAGCUUGCUUUUAAGAUUUACGAAAUAAUUAGACAAGGCACCUGGCACAUGAAGGUAGCAAUAGAUGCACCUUUAACAAAUGCUGUUAUGACGUGCCUAGAUCUAUCGUGUAACUGGGCGGGUGUGUGGUGGACGUGUGGCCUGCGUUUGUUGAGAGAAAGCUGUAGAGAAAGAAUACGUCUCGGUCAUUAGAAUUAUACUAUAGUACUACCAUUUGUUAUAACAUUUUAUUUUCCCGAAUAACAACUCUAUAUAAAAGUAACAACAACAACAACAACAACUAGUUAUAAAAAUAGCCCACCAAAAACUUGCGUCAUUUAUAUGCAGUAAUGAAGCUGUGCGACGGAACAUUAACAACAACAACGAUGGAGAGAGAGAGAGAGAGAAAGUGAGAGAGCGAGAGAGCUAGAAAGAGCAAAGGUGAGAACGGGGGACUGCUUAGCAGAAUAGCAGAAUACCACCAACUAGUACUCGCAUUGCACGCGCAAACUUCAUCCCUAAGUGCUCUUUUAAUUGUAGUCGUUUGACCAGCUGUAACUCAUUGUAUAUGUACAAUAAUCACCACAAAAAAAGGAAGCCCAGUAAAAAUAGCAGAGCAAAAAGGGCAGGGGUAGCGGCACAUUUUGAAAUGCAAAAACCAAUUGGAUAGUCGUCCAUUGUCAGUAUAUAAAGAGAAUUGGGUCCCCGAUGCAAGAUGCGAGCCAAAGCCGUAGCCGCUACCAUUAGAAUGAAUCAUUGCACAAAAGUACUAUACACAAAUGUGUUUUGGCAACCGUACCGGUUUAGUAUCUAGCCUCGCUAUAAGCCUUCACGGAUGUAUCGUCUGUCAAUGUGCAAUGCUACAAAGGCUUGUUACCGAGUGUGCCACUGGCAUGAGAAGACAGGCAAGAUAAGCGUGCGUCUCAGGAUAACGUGGUGUUGGUGUGGUGAAAAAAAACGGUACUGCUACUGAUGACGGGAAUUGUCGCGCUAAUGAUGGCUUUAAGAACGAUAAUGAAAGUGAUGAUAAAAAGCUGGUAUCGUGAUGGAAGCUUGUGAAAGCGUAUGGCAGGCUCUCUCGUAGAAUGCGGAAUAAGAAUCGUAUAUAUACAUUAAACGUCGUUUUCAAAGAGAAUAAACCGGAAAGGGUGUACCGAGAUACGCCUUGUUUUCAGAGGUUACUUUUCCAGGCAAAGAAAGACUAACAGUUGGCGCAAAACUCGAACAUGUAAACACGAUCAGACAGCCGGUGUUACGUGGUUAUAGAAAGUAUACGGGACGCAAUACAUAUUGCUGAGUUGAUUUCGCAAUAAUAACGUAAAGCUGAAAUUAUAUCACAUUAGAUGAGCAAGUCGCUGUUGGUUUAUAAUGAAUUCGGAUGCUUCGAUGAAAUUUUAGAAACGAACAGAAAAAACAACAUAAUUGAUUACUGUUAAUAUUAAAGAUGCUUACUAAAAAAAGUGUUCCGUCAUUUUUAAAUGUUUCUUUUAGUUUAAUUCUUAGAGUAUAAUUUAGAUGUACUCGGCAUUGCAACUACGAUAAUGGUACAUUCGACGAUAACAGGCAGUUAAUAUAUAUCAACGACUGUUCGUCGCUCAGUAAAAUGGACAGAGCUUACCUAGGACUUAUUCUUCAAAAGAAUUAGUGCAAUGGCACCUGUCGAAUUUUCCAAGUAAAAUGUCAGUUUGACCACUACAUUGGCCCAUUAUUUUUCUAACGCAUUAUUUUUUCAAUUACAGUUGUGUUGGCUAUAGCAUUAAUAGCCAUCUUGAAACAGCUGCAAAGAGUUUUCUUGCUUUACAGUUCAAUAAAAUUCACUCCAAACAGUCAAGAAAUACUAGGUUUUGCUAAUGUGUGCGCUUCCAAAGACACCCUUCUAACCUCGCUGUACCGAUGUUUUUCGUUCCCCGGUGUUUCCGUCUUUAUCAAGAUAGAAGUGAAGUUCGACUGAUGUUGAAUAGAAAAAUCAUUAUAUAUAUACGAAACUAUGCGCUAAAAAGCUGCUAAACUAGUGGCGCACAACUUCAGUUCACGACGUAGAAGCAGAAGCUGCAACAAUGGGCUCACACGAGUAAUAAUUAUUAUUACGUUAACAUUUAUGUUCCUCAUAUAGUAUUGCUAGAUCAUACGGUGAAGAUAUAUAAAUAAAUGUUUAAAAAAAUUAUUAUUAAUAAUUCAUAAAAAUCAUUUGUACUGUUCCACUUCGAAGCGAAGUGUGUCUACGCCCCGUUUUAAAUUAAGGCCACAACUGUCGUCCAUGUCUUUGUGGGCAAACAUGUCAUCCAGCGAACCAUUACGGAGAUGAGUAAAUGCAAAAAAAUCUACUCGUAGAUAGACGAUGAACAGCUGAAGCAAGAUAAAAAAAAAACAACGAUAUAGAACCACUGUACUUGUAAGGCUUCGAGCUGGGGUGUCAGGAAGGCUUGUCCAGUAAACGGGCAAUGCGAUGGAACAAGCCCAUUAUAAAGAACUUGAAAUUGUAGAUCCCGAGCUGAAAUCUAUCACGGUUUCCAAGCAAGAUAGUUAAGACGAAAUGCAGCAAGCGUUUAUAAGACAUUUAUAGAAUCUGCCAUAGGCAACGAAGUAGAUAAUCAAACAUACACCGAUCAGUACGCUACACCCGAGUGAGACUCAAUGAGGAGAGAACAAUCAUUCAAACAUAAAGCAAAACAAGAUAGAGCAAUGGAGAGGUUAGAAAGUUAGGUUCCAUUCAUUUAGAUGUUAUGGCGAGUUAAUGAAGAGUUCGGUUUGUGUUGACGACUACUUGACAAGUUGCAGAAGAAAAUUGCUGGUGUACGAAAUGCAAAAAAAAAAUCGAUAAACUGUUGCUGAUUAUAAAAGUCCUUUAGAUAAAGACGAAAAUUUGGCUGUGAAAAAUUUUGGUACAAAACAGUGUCUUUAGAAGUACACAUUUCAUAAUGUCACAUCAUUUGCGCGAACUAAUUGAUCCAUAGAGCUAAACAAAGAGCGCAAUAAUUUCUAUUUUCGGAAACGCAAGAAUUAUCGAAAACCAUAUGAGACUUUGGAUUUAGCGAGGGUGAAACAAAACUUCUCGGAUUUUCGAGAAUUCAAUUAAUGAAAACUAAUGUUUUUCAUCCAUACUCAAAUUAUUAGUAGUGUGUGUCUGUAUUAAGUAAAUCAGGCAAGAUCGAAGAAGAACCGAAAUUUCUAAACUUGUUCGAAAUUGUUGCACUAACAACAAGUUGAACCAAGGAUAUGCACGAACAUCACAUCACCAUCGAAGUAACCAUAGCAGCAAAGAAACGUGCACAGCAGGACAAGUACACCGUUUCAGGAUGGAGGGGCCUUACAUUUAGAUGAGUGCAUAUAGUAUGAUAUAAAGCAUAUGCGAACAUAAAAUAACCAGGUAAUAACAGAAAAAAAAAA